AUGAAAGCAAAAGCUCUAAAUACAAACGCUAAAAUUUUUCGUACUAAUUUAAACAAUAAGUUUAAAUUAACACCAUUUAAUUCUAGAUUAAAUGAUACAGGUAGAGUUAAAUAUUUACCUCCUGUUUCUAAAGAAUGAAAAAGCACUAUUUAUUCAUAUUAUAAAAAAAAUAUGCAAAAUAUGCCUAUAGAUAAUAUAAAUGCAAAUAAAGUAAUACAAAGUUACUUUAAUUUACAUUUUGCUGAUCAUAAAUUCAUAGGAUCAAAAUUCAUAUCUCCUAGAAAAAGAACUUUAUUAUUAAAAAAAAUCUAUGUAAGUAAAAUGGAAACAAAACAUACAAAUUCUAAAGCUAUAAUAACUUUAUACACUGUCAAUAUAGGGAAAAAUCUUAUAUAUAAUGAAUAUAAAAAAUUAGCUCAAUCUUGAGAAGAUAAAGUUUUAAAUUCAUUUAAAGAUGGAUUUGUGCUUCGCCUGAAAAAAAUACAAAGUGUGAGCAGUGUGAGCAGUGUGAGCACAAGCUUAUUAACUAAUACAAAUAGUAUUGCUUUAGUUAAAAACCAAGAUCAAAAACAAAUUCUUUUUUCUAAAUAUAAAUUUUUAACUGAGUCUUUACAAUGUUUUAAUUUAUAUUUAAAAUUAUACUUAAGUAGACAAGUUAAAAAAUCUUGUUUUGAUCAAUUCGAUUUAUUAAGACAAUACCAAUUAAAUUAUUAUUUAAAUAAAUACAAAUUUGAAAGAAAUAUUUAUUUAUAUAAAUUAAGUAAUAUGUUAUCUAGAAUAUUUAAUAAAACUAUUGAAUUUAAUAUAAUAAAUUUAAAAUCUUUGGUUUUUAAUCCGGAGAUUUUUACUCAAGUUUUAUCUUUAAAAUUAAGAAAACCUAAAUCUCAGGUUAUAACAGUAAUGGAUAGUUUAUUAAAAGUAGCUAGAUUACCUGAAAUAAAUAGAAUUCAGGAAAAAACUAGUAUUAUGAAGUCUAAAGAUUCAACUUUAUUAGAAAAUAGUUAUCCUAAUUUAAGUUUAGUUUCUAUACUAAGCGCGGCGGCGAAGGCGCAGCCGCACAAAAAAUAUAGAUAUUCUUGUUUUUUAAAUUCAUUAUUAGAGAAUCUAGAAGAAAAAAAUUCGAAAUUGCAAGGUAGCAAUAUUUCAAAUAAAAUAUUUAAUUCUAUUAACUAUAAAAAUUUAGGAGGUAUAAGAUUAGAAGUUAAAGGAAGAUUAACAAGACGGAAUAGAGCGGAUAGAUCUCAAUUUAAAAUUAAAUGAAAAGGAGGAUUAAAGAAUAUAGAUUCUUCUUAUAAAAAAUUAUCUACAGUAACUUACAGAGGUUAUUUUAAACCUAAUGUAAUUUAUUCAUUAUCUACAUCCAAACGUCGUGUAGGAUCUUUCGCUGUAAAAGGUUGAGUAAGUGGUAAAUAA